CAGCUGAUAGGCACUACCAUUCCCUUAACAAAAAAAAAAAAAAAUACCAAACCCUAAAAGGAAGCGUACUUUGCUCUUUAGUGCGCCAUACACAUCCAGCUCACAGUGGAUUAUUUCUCACCAGGACGAUUGUGAAGAGAAAUUCUGUUUAAUAAUUUUUUGAGUCAUAAUAUAAGAGUGCCCCUGCUGGACGAGGCUGAUCUCCCAGAGGGUUGUGUAGUAUUUAGGCUUUUUCUUUUCAGUAUUUAUCAAUGGAUAAAGAUGAAGUAAAAAGACUUUUUGAAUACCAAACAUUGGAUGUUCUGUGUUGUUUUUUUGAAGAGUCCUACCUGGAGACAGAUGGUCCGAGUAAGUCAAGCGACUUCGACCCCAUUAAUAUAGCCAAGCAGCUGCGGGACUUGGGAGACCACUACGAUGCGACCGUUAUCCAACCGCUCAUGCAUGACGUCCAGAAUGCACGCACUGACCAGGUAGCCAGUGUUUUUACUAACAGUGUGAAAUUCCUGUGUAAAACAUGGGUGGCUGAGAGACCUGAAAUUGUUCCGGAGAAGCAUCUUCUGAAGGCCACAAUGACAUUAUCGCUAUACAUGAAGGAUAACUGCCCAGACAUGAAAGAACUUGUACGGGGUGCCAUACUCAACAUUCUAAACAAUCAGCUGGGCAGUUGGAUCAUGCAGCAGGGGGGUUGGGAGUCUGUCUCUAGCCCCAUAUGAUGAGAAGAAGAAGUACACAAAGUGUCAUCGCUUUCUCAGGAAAGUUUUCCUGUGAAUCACAUGAAGUAAUGUGUCUACACCCAGAUUUCCAAAAGGCCAUCACAAAAAGUGAAACUCCCACAACAUCCAUGAGUCAUAGGUGUGUGAUCGUAGGUUUUACUGUUUUACUGAGUGUGCACUUGUGCAAUCUUUAUUUUUAUUAAGUUAUCAAACUACAGAUAUUAAAUCAAUGGCUGUUG